AUGAAUCGUAUGUUUAUUGUUUCCGCUAAAAAUUUGUUCAAGAAAUAUAGUCCAUUACUUAUCACUAGUACACAAAAAACUUUUAUACGAAAAUUAACAACAACUAGUCCUAAUAAAAUACUCUCUCGUCCAUUACCUCCAUAUCUUUAUAAUGAUAAUUCUGUUUAUCAACUAGAACGUGAAUAUAUUUUUCGAAACAAUUGGAUUUAUGCUGGUCGUUGUGAUAGAUUACAAAAAUUAGGUGAUUAUUUAUCAAUCACUAUUGCUGGUUAUCCGAUAUUUAUAUAUCGUAGUCCUUUGACAAAUGAAUUAAUUGCUUUCCAUAAUGUUUGUUCUCAUCGAGCAGGUCCAAUUGUACCAAUAAAUUCGAAUAAUUAUGGUGUUGCACUUUAUGGAAAUCAGUCUUUACUUAAAUGUCAAUAUCAUGCAUGGUUAUAUGAUUCUCGUGAUGGUAAAUUAAAAGCAACACCACAUUUUGAUUAUAAAUUUCAAGGAGACGAAAAAAAAUGUUUAAAUCUAAAGAAAAUUAAUAUAGAAAUUUUUGCUGAACAAUUCAUUUUUGUUAAUUUAUCUGAUAUAAAAGAAAAAGCAUCAAUUAAUACAUUAUUAUAUGAUUUAUUAAAUGAUAUGAUGUCUUUUCCUCUUAAAGAAUAUCUUCAUUUUAAUAGUCAAUAUCAUUUAAUUAAUUGUAAUUGGAAAACUUAUGUUGAAAAUUAUCAAGAAGGAUAUCAUAUUCAUGGUGUACAUCCAGAACUUAAUAAUGCUGUUCAAUCAAAACAAUAUUUAGUUACAAAUAAAAAUAAUACAUAUUCAAUUCAUUAUGCUCCUUCACGUAAUACAGAAAAUGAUCAAGAAAAAUUUCUUUGGGUUUAUAUUUAUCCUAAUUUAGCAAUUAAUUUAUAUGAAAAAGGUUAUAGUAUUGAACAUAUUCUUCCAAUUGGUAAAGAUCGAACAAUGAUAUCUUAUGAUUUUUUUAUACGUUCAACUUCUGAUGAAUCACAGAUGAAAGAUCGAAUUGUAGAAGCUAAACAAGCAAUGAUUAGAACAUUAGAAAUUACAAAUGAGGAUAAGAUGAUUUGUGAACAGGUACAAAUUAAUCUUGAUGCUGGUAUAUAUACACCAG